AUGUCUGAAGCAAUUGUCAACAAGUAUGUCGCAACAACAGACAAGCUUGGUGACCUACGCACCAGACCAGUUAGCGAACGGGACAAACAAUUUGAAAACCAAUGUCUUCGGAAUCGGGAUCAGUUACUCUACAUAGAUCUCUGCCAGGCCAUGAAUGCUGGGGACAUUGGACGAGUCGAGGCAUCUUUCCUGCCGUGGAUCUAUAUAUUUUGUGCAACUGGCAAGCAUAAGUAUGCAGCGCAAAUCAACAAGUUUUCAAUGAACUUACGAAGUGUAUAUCCCCAAGACCUGUGUCGCAUAAUACGUCUCAACCUACUUUGCAAUCCGACAGGAAAACCCAAUGCGUUUCGAGCUGUGGAUUGGUUAGUAGAGCGAAACAAUCUCUACACAAAGGUGUUUCGCAACUGCCACGUCAUCAUGGAGAACGCGUUUUACCUGAAAAAUCGAACCAUCCGGCACACACACCCAGACAUGGCAGCCACCAUUGAGAAGCUUCGAUCGCAUAUCCAGUCAACAUCGUCGUAUAUGAUAUCACAAAACAGGAGUGCAAAGCGAGUUAUAGAAGACCAGAUUGCGGUUGGGAUGAAGCUGAUACAACAGAAAAAAGUUAGCCUAACAAUGUCCAGUGAAGACCGCUAUGAAGCAGAGGCGGAGGAUUUCAAUAACUAA